CAGAGCCAUUAGUGUCCAUAUUUCCUUCUCAGAGGUUGACGUGAACGGUUUUUUCCCCAGUCGGAAGCUGGUAAUUUCGGUAACUCCGAUAUGACAUGACGCAGCAUUAAAGAGAGUUUGACACACACUCUCUCUGUCUCUUUCUCUUCCCACAACUACAAAGGCCGGCAGUGAUUUAUUUCGUCCCGGAACAAGUGAAAGCUCCGCUGUACUACUGUACUGUACUACAGGUGCAGUGAUUGAAUCUGCUUUGUGGGGGAUUACCACCACAGUGACCCACAACAGGGGAGGGACAGGGACUGCGAUGGGGGGGUGCUGGCAGCGGUGUCAGCGCGCUUGCACGUGCUGCCUGACAGAGCAGGAGAUUAAGGACAUCGAGGUGGACCGGGAGAUACAGAGAAUUCUUAAGCAACAGAAGAAGCGAGAGCGGAAGGAAAUAAAAGUACUUCUACUGGGGACUGGGGAGAGCGGGAAGACCACCUUCAUAAAGCAGAUGCGAAUCAUCCACGGAGAGGGUUACUCCGAGGAGAACCGGCGGGCCUUCGCCAAGCUGGUCUUCCAGAACAUCUUCACUGCCAUCAAAGCCCUCACCAACGCCAUGACCACCCUCAACAUCGCCUACGGAACGGCUGAGAACCAGCUGUACUCUCAGUGGAUCCAGGACGUGAAGCCGCAGCAGGUCUCCACGCUGGAAGCCCGGCACGCCGACGCCAUCCGCCGGCUCUGGAGCGACGCGGGCAUCAGGGCCUGCUACAGCCGCCGCCGCGAGUUCCAGCUGCUGGACUCCACCGAGUACUACAUGAACAAUCUUGAGUGCAUAGCGGCUCCAGGCUACGUCCCCACGAACCAGGACGUGCUACGGGUUCGAGUUCCCACCACAGGCAUCAUCGACUACUCCUUCACCGUUGAGAAAAUCUCUCUCAGGAUCGUGGACGUCGGGGGUCAGAGGUCGGAGCGCAGGAAGUGGAUCCACUGUUUCGAGAACGUGACGUCCCUCAUCUUCCUGGCCUCCCUGAGCGAGUACGACCAGGUCCUGGAAGAGAAGGAGACAGAUAACCGCAUGGAGGAGAGCAAGGCUCUGUUCUACACCACGGUCCACUCCCCCUGGUUCGGCCGUUCCUCCAUCAUCCUCUUCCUCAACAAGAUGGACAUCCUGGCCGAGAAGAUCCAGACGUCAGACCUCCAGAUCUACUACCCCGGCUUCAAAGGCAAGAAACGAGACGCCGACAACGCCAUGAAGUUCAUCGAGACCAUGUACCUGGAGCUGGCCAAGGACCGGGUGAGCCACGAGAACGUGAAGAAGCCCGUGUACACGCACUUCACCUGCGCCACCGACACGCAGAACAUCGAGCGCGUCUUCACCGACGUCAAGAACACGGUCCUCCUGGAGGCCCUGAGCCAGUUCAACCUGUACUGAGCGCCCCCCCCCCCCCCUCCCCCAGACGUCUGAGCUCAACCCUGGGGAGGGGAGGGAGGGGGUUGAUGCACCGGGAUGCUGCAGUGCUCACCUCUCCUCCGUUCUGCCCCGAGGUUUGGGAGGAACCGCUUUCAGAUGCGACCCGGAGUGUAAAACUGUGUGACUGGGGUUGGAGUGGGGGCAAAGGGCGAAGGGCAAAGGGCGAAGGGCAAAUGUUUUUCUGUGUGUGUGUGUUUUUUUUUUUUCUCUCGCUCCCCACUGGGAUCUCUCAGUAAAUGACACCAAGCGUUUGGGAGCUUGCACAUCUCUGCCAGAGUACCCACAAUUCCUCUGCACUGGGACAGCAUCAGUGUUGGGUGUGGGGCUCUACGUUUUUCUGUGCAGGAUUUCAUCUGGCUGAGAAGAACAAAACGCAACCUUGUCCUGCAUCCAAUCAGUCUUGUUUGUGUGUGUGUGUGUGUGUGUGUGUGUAUGUGUGUGUGUGUGUGUGUGUGUGUGAUUUGUGUCCCAAAAUGGAGCUGCUUUCAUACACAUACCUGAGGGCCCCCCUAUUCAGAGAGACCAGGAGCCUGUUCCACAGAGCAGGUUUACUGAGUUACCUAAAUAACCACACAGACUAAAACCCAGAACAGAACUUUUUACUUCAGUCCACGUUCCAGAUUUCACGGGCAUCCGCUAACUCAGUAACCCUGCUUUGUGGGUUUUACUCAGUGCAGUUAUCCAGCUAACUCAGUAAUCCUGCUUUGUGGGUUUUACUCAGUGCAGUUAUCCAACUAACUCAGUAAUCCUGCUUUGUGGGUUUUACACAGUGCAGUUAUCCAGCUAACUCAGUAAUCUUGCUUUGGGGGUUUUACUCAGUGCAGUUAUCCAGCUAACUCAGUAAUCUUGCUUUGGGGGUUUUACUCAGUGCAGUUAUCCAGCUAACUCAGUAAUCCUGCUUUGUUGGUUUUACUCAGUGCAGUUAUCCAGUUUACUCAGUAAUCCUGCUCUGUGGGUUUUAAUCAGUGCGGUUAUCCAGCUAACUCAGUAAUCCUGCUUUGUGAAACAGGGCCCAGGUUUACCUCACAGCCUACAGAACAACAAUAACAAUUACUCCAAACUGCAAUUCUUCAUUAUAGUACACAAUCCAUACCCAUCAAGAAUAAUUAUAAUAUGCUGUGUGUCGCCUGGCAUGUUAUGGAAAUGCCAUGCUGAUCUCUGACCAAACCAUAUGCCCCUGUGUGAUUACAAAAAAGGUUGUUUGGGAUUUUUAUUUUAUUUUAUUAAUUGUUUUUUGGGGGGGUAAUGCUCAUGAUGUUUAGGGUAAUGCUGAAAUCACUGUGUACUAGAAUCAGGGCUGGGGGGGCGGCAUGGAAAAUCUAAAAUAUGUGCCCAUGUGAAGAAAAUAGUAUACAAAAUAUACUUGAAGCAUAAUUAUAUCAACUUGAAUUAUACUUCCAGUAUUCUGAGGCAUAAAAUAUGUACUUCAGGUGGUGUACUUAAGCAUACGAUUUUUCCCCCAUGGAUAAUGUGGGCAGAUAAUACACAUGGAAAAUACAUCUUACAGACAGUAUAUAUAGAGUGCGUUACGUAAGUAUUUGGACAAUGACACAAUUUGUUUUGUUGUGUUGUGUUGUUUUGGCCCUGGUCUUGAAAUGAAACCCUGAGUAUGAGGUUAAAGUGUAGACAGUUCGCCUUUGAAUCGAAGUUGCUGACAUCCAUUUUGGGGUGACCGUUUUUGGGGAUUACAUCGCUUUCGAUAAAAUAGCAAAUAGGACCAAAAGUACUGGAUGAAUCUUAAAUAAAGUCACGUUUAGAA